AUGGAGUUGGUGAGCGGAUUCCCGUUGCUCCUCCAGCAAUUCACGGCCUUGUUCAAGAAGAACCUCCUCCUGGCGUGGCGGCACAAAGUCGGCACCACCGUCCACCUCUUCUCUUCCUUCUUUUUCAUUUUCCUCAUCUUCUGCAUCGAGAAAGCAAUCAAUGUUCACAACGCGUCGUCCCCGGAGAACAAGAGCGUCACGGACCCCGAGCCGCUGGUCUCGCCGCCCAUCCCGCCCUGUGAGGACAAGGAUUUCAUCAAGAAGCCGUGCUAUGACUUUGUGUGGAGCGGCGACGACCCCUUGAUCAACGACAUUGUGGACGCCAUCAGGGACAACAACCCCGGCCGGCGAAUCCCCGCCGAAAAGGUGAAAGCGUUUAGAACACCGGCUGAAGUAGACGAAUGGCUGCUGGAUAAUCCUAAGACUUGCCCGGGAGCUUUGCAUUUUACGGUGAGAAGUCCCGAUGUGAUCAGCUAUGGCGUGCAGACUAAUUCCACUCAAAUUUUAAGAAGAGGGGACGGUGAAGAUCCCACCUUCAAAUUCCAAAUUCCGCUUCAGAUUGCCGCGGAGCGUGAGAUUUUUAGGCAUCUGAUUGAUGUUCCGGAUUUUAGCUGGAAUAUUUCUUUCAAGGAAUUUCCACACCCUGCAAGGGAGGUGUCCUCAGCAAUGCAGAAUAUGGGACCAGUCUUCUUCCUUGCAAGCGCAAUGUUUGCUUUUGUGUUUCAAAUGACUUCUUUGAUUACAGAGAAAGAACUAAAGCUCCGAGAGGCAAUGACGAUGAUGGGUCUUUAUGAUACCGCCUACUGGUUAUCAUGGCUUGCAUGGGAGGGAAUCAUGACAGUUCUCUCAUCGCUUUUCAUAGUUCUCUUUGGAAUGAUGUUUCAGUUCAAGUUUUUCCUAGUCAACAAUUUUCUAGUCCUGUAUCUUGUCUUCUUUCUUUUCCAAUUGAAUAUGAUUGGUUUUGCCUUCAUGCUCUCGGCCUUCAUAAGCAAGGCAUCUUCAUCCACAACUGUGGGUUUCAUCAUAUUCAUUAUUGGCUUUAUAACCCAGGCAAGAUUCUCCUGCAGGUUAACAUUUUCAUUUCAAUUAGGGGGCGUUACAGAGAUCGUUCCUUAUAAACCUGGAAUUCCUGUUCGAUAUCGAAUCGUUUGGUCUUUCUUCCCGCCCAAUCUUCUUGCCAAAGCUCUACAGAUACUCGCUAUUGCAACAGACACUGCCCAACGUGAUGGGAAGGAGGGGAUUAGGUUGAGUAAAGUAUCAGAUUGUGAAGAUGGGCAUAAAUCAUGUGUUAUAACAAUUGGUGACAUUUACAAAUGGCUUGUAGCUACAUUCUUCCUCUGGUUUCUUCUGGCUAUCUACUUUGAUAACAUUGUCGCAAAUGCAUCUGGUGUGAAAAAACCAAUGUAUUACUUUUUAACUCCUAGCUACUGGUUAGGGUCAAGUGGGGGAAAAGUACAAGAGGGUAACAAAGCGGUAACAAAGGAUCAUAUCGCUCCAGAAGAUGUGGAUGUCCUUGAAGAGGAGAACCUUGUCAAACAACAAUCUAUGGAAGGCACACUUGAUCCAAAAAUUGCAGUUCAGAUACGCGGACUUGUUAAAAUAUAUCCUGGGAAAAAAAGACCUUUUUGUUGCUGCUGUUGCUGCUGCUGCUGCAAGGAGACUAAACCUUACACCGCUGUCAAGGGAUUAUGGGUGAACUUUCCAAAGGAUCAAUUAUUUUGUCUACUUGGACCUAACGGAGCCGGGAAAAGCACAACAAUCAGUUGUUUAACUGGAAUUGCACCAAUUACUGGAGGAGAUGCAUUAAUUUAUGACCAUUCUGCCCGAAGCACCGGUGGUAUGGCAGCUAUUCGAAAACUUAUAGGAGUUUGUCCACAGUUUGAUGUUCUUUGGAAAGCAUUAACUGGGAAAGAGCACCUCCACCUGUUCGCUAAGAUUAAAGGCCUGUCCCCAUCUUCAGUAGAAAUGAUUGCUCACAAGUCAUUGGAGGAUGUGAAACUCAGUGACGCAGCUAGCAUGAGAGCUGGGAGUUACAGUGGUGGGAUGAAACGUCGCCUGAGUGUAGCAAUGGCAUUUAUUGGUGAUCCGAAGUUGAUCAUUUUAGAUGAACCGACAACAGGUAUGGAUCCCAUAACAAGAAGGCAUGUAUGGGACAUCAUUGAGGAGGCCAAGAAAGGGCGUUCAAUUCUCCUAACCACACAUUCAAUGGAAGAAGCUGACAUUUUGAGUGACCGGAUAGGAAUCAUGGCAAAGGGGAAGCUGCGUUGCAUCGGAACUUCAAUCAGGCUCAAGUCACGUUUUGGGAGUGGUUUUAUUGCUAAUGUGAGCUUCAGGGGAAGCAGUGAUCCACAAAAUCAUGAAGCAGUGAAGCACUUCUUUAAACAGCAUUUGGACGUUAUACACAAAAACGAGACCAAUUCCUAUCUGACUUUUGUUAUUCCACAAGAAAAAGAGGGACGUUUACCGAGUUUUUUUGCUGAGCUUGAACAUAGGCAACAAGAAUUUGGUAUAGUUGACAUCCAACUUGGUCUUACAACUCUAGAAGAAGUUUUCUUAAAUAUUUCAAGACAAGCGGAGCUAGAUGCCGCCAUGGCAGAGGGGAGGCUGGUUACUCUCACCUUAACAUCUGGAGAGUCAGUUGAGAUACCCGUAGGAGCCAAGUAUGCGACGAUUCCAAAAACAGAAUCCGAAGAGCAUCCACAAGGUCUUAUGGUAGAAGUUUACUGGGAUCAAGAUGAGACCGGCAAACUUUGCAUUGCUGGUCACUCAUCCGAAACUCCAGUACCUCGUAACAUUGAUCCCAGGAGUUUACAUUAG